AGCACGGGAAAACAUGUGAGCGGUCUGAGGACUUUAGUGAGAGACAACUUUUAUGUCUUCUAUGUUUUUUUUUUGACCCCGUGCAUGCACAAACCGCCGUGCUGUGCUUAAAAAGGAAUUACAUCUGAAGGGACGUCACGGCUCUUUUGCAGUUCACGGUGUUUUUGACUUUUUUGUGUUCAUCAGGAUAAAUUGGUGUUAUUGUUUUGCUUUUAUUUUAUUUUUUUAUUUUGUAUUUCUGAGUUGUAGGCUACUAGUAUAUAAGCAAAAGCAACAUUAAUUUAUUUUAAAACACACUUCUGUAUCGCAGUGAGGCAGUUUCAGGACACCUGUUCUGACAGGACAUUUUUAAUUUUCUUGUAAUUGGCUUCUGCUACUUGGAGAAAUAUAACCCACAAUAAAAACACAGACUAUCCAAUUAUAUAGCAAUUUAACCUCACUCUUUUUCUCCAAAAGGGAGGCAGAUCUUGUUUUUUAUUAUUGUGUUUUCCUAUAUUUUUGUUAAUUUUAUGAUUUUUUGAAACUAUGAAGAAUUUGCAAUUUGUGCUCGUCCUGGCCAUCGCGGUCAGCGUGUGGGAAUGUGGAGACGCAAAAUUCGGCGAGAGGGGAGAGAUCAGCCCCAGGAGGAGAAGAUGUUACGACGGAAGCUUGCCCAAGCGGCUGAAGAAAAGGGAGCGAAAAGUGUUGCUUGACGGCAGCAGCAGUGGAGAAGUUUGCCACAGGUUGUAUCCUCGUGUGUCCUGCUGUCCCACCAGGAGAGCCGCCUAUCAGAUCCUGCACCGCAGGGAUGCCAGGAUUUUCUCCACCAACAACACCGAGUGUGGACGUCUCCUGGAGGAGAUCAAGUGUGCUCGCUGUUCCCCCAAUGCCCAGGUGUUGUUCCACUCCUUGGACAUGGAUAAGAUGCCACACAGGGAGCCAGACCUGCCACGGCUCUGCCAGGACUUCUGCCGCGAGUUCUACUACACCUGCAGGGGGCACAUACCAGAGCUGUUCCAGGCCGAUGUGGAUGAGUUCUGCCAAUACUAUGGGAGGAGAGAUGCCAGUCUUUGCUUUCCAGAUUUUCAACGAAAGCAACCACAAGGGCAAGAUUCCAACUACUUGGGAGAUGAGAAAAUAGACGAUAUUAGCAGGAAACACAAACACAACUGCUACUGUGCCCAGGAGGUGUUGAGUGGUCUGAGGCAGCCGGUGGCCGUGGUGCACUGUGGGGAUGGAUCCCAGCGGCUCUUUGUCCUGGAGAGGGAGGGAAUUGUCAGGAUACUCAACCAUGACCUCGAGCUAAUCAAGGAGCCCUUCCUGGACAUCCACAAGCUGGUGCAGAAUGGCCUGAAGGGUGGAGAUGAAAGGGGCCUGCUAAGCCUGGCAUUCCACCCCAAUUACAAGAAGAAUGGCAAGCUCUACGUCUCCUACACCACCAACCAAGAGCGCUGGGCCAUCGGACCACACGACCACAUUCUCCGUGUGGUUGAAUACACCGUUUCGAGAAAAAACCCGAACCAGGUUGACACCCGGACAGUCCGCGUGCUGAUGGAAGUGGCAGAGCUGCACAGGAAGCACCUAGGCGGUCAACUUCUGUUCAGCCCUGAUGGUCUGUUGCACAUCGUCCUGGGAGACGGCAUGAUCACCCUGGACGAUAUGGAGGAGAUGGAUGGACUCAGUGAUUUCACAGGGUCCGUCCUGAGGGUAGAUGUGGACACGGACUGCUGCACAUCAGCAUAUUCCAUACCACGGAACAACCCGUACUUCAAUAGCACCAACCAGCCACCUGAAAUCUUUGCCCAUGGAUUACAUGACCCAGGCAGGUGCGCAGUAGAUCGGCUUCAGUCGGACAAUGGGAGUCUACUCAUCCUCUGUACGGAUGCCAGUGGCAAAAACACAUCAGCAGGAAGAAUACUGGAGAUAACUAAGGGGAAAGAUUAUGAAAAUGAACCUUCGGUCUAUGACCUGCAGUCCAGUGGAGGAGCACCACCUGUGGGGGGCUUCAUCUACAGGGGCUGCCAAUCUAGAAGACUUUAUGGAAGCUACGUGUUUGGAGAUAAAAAUGGUAACCUGCGGAUCCUCCAGAAGUCUACAUUGUCGACAUCAGCAAGUGGUGAACAGUGGCAGGAGAAGGCUCUGUGUCUGGGCUCAGCUGGCUCCUGCGGCUCCAUGCUCGUGGGACACAUCUUGGGUUUCGGAGAGGAUGAACUAGGUGAAGUCUACAUACUGGCGACCAGUAAAAGCAUGGCGCAGUCACACAGUGGAAAACUCUACAAGCUGGUGGACCCUAAAAGGCCUCAUGCCCCGAAGGAGUGCCAGCGUCAGGUGGAGCCUCCAGAGCUGCUGAUGACAGCUUGUUCCAGACACUGUAAGAACGGACACUGCACUCCCACUGGCAAGUGCUGCUGCAGUCCCGGCUGGGAGGGACCCUUCUGCCGAGUUGCCAAGUGUGAACCAGCCUGCCGCAACGGAGGAGUGUGUAUGGAGCCCAACAAGUGCCUGUGUAAGAGCGGCUACUCUGGGGCCCAGUGUGAGAAGAGUGAGCGGGGCAUGCCCAACGACCAGGAGAAAGACGGCAUACUAGACCACAUCAUCGACAUGACCUCGUACCUCCUAGACCUGACCAGCUACAUCGUAUAGGGGCGCGCAGAGGGGGGCUGCUCCCCGCUGUCAUCCUCAAGUUGACACAAAUCUACCUACCACCACCAGCAGACUCUAACGAGGUGUCCUUAAUAUGGCCUCUUAAUCUCCCUCACAUCCACACAGGCAUGUACACACACACACAUACAUACACACACAUACACACACACACACACUCACACACACACACACAAAUACACACAGGAUCCCCGUCAGACUGCUUUUCAUCCUCAUCACGAUACCAAACUCUUCCUCUUUUCGCCUAUAAGCUACUUGCUCUUGAGCACCAGGCCUGGCAUCCAAGCCGUGUUCACACUUCGGAGAGACCUGCAGACAGCAGAGGAGAUGUUCGAUAAGCACGGCCAAGUUAUGGAAGUUCCUCCAAGACAUUUCCUCUCUCGUUCAGAAAACGCUCGCACACGGCCGACUCCACACAAACAGGAACUCUACAGGAACAGAUCAUUUUAACCCAAGACUUUGGAUCUUUUCAGGGUUGCCUUACAUAAGACCCCCCAAAAAGGAGUUUAAGGCAUUUCAGCGGAGACAGUUGAUUGUUCAGGGGUAAGGAGCGGCGCGGCUCAAGAUCCAAUUUGUGCUCAUGGUCCAUUCAAAACCAAGCUAAAUAAAUGUACACAGACUUUGAAGGAACACGCUGCACCUCAGAAGUCAAUGAGAGUCAUGGGUCACAUAGAGCCCGCAGUACUUUGUGCUAUACUAUCUUAAAGGCACUACCACAAGAGAGAUGAACCAUGUCGUUUCACUUAGGAUGUCGUAUUUGUGGGCACAUUGUCAUGACAGUAUACAGUGUGUAUACUUUGUUUUGCAACACUCACUUGCUAUCAAUGUACAGAAUGGAUCUGCGACAGGGGACUGUUACCCACACAGACAUAGGAACGACUGAGUGAGAACGUUUUUGUCAAAGCCAGUUUCAUACAAUCUGAACGGAGUUGUUGGCUCCCAUGCACUGUAUUCAUGUUUUUGUUUCAUUCACUUUAUUAUUCAAAAUGAAUUUAAACAUUUUAUUAAAAAGCGCAAUGAGAGUAGUUCUAACAUUUCACACACACGCACCACACUAUCACAGGAAUGGUUUUCCUUUCAUUGCGUCACACACUGAAAAAGAACCCGAACUCAAAACUACAAAGGGAAGAGAUAGCGCGGUGAUGUAUAUUUCCAAUAGAGCUUACCUAAGUACUACUUAGCAUUGCAAAAAAAAAAAAAAAAAAACUAUAGCAGUACUAUUGUUAUCAUAGAGGAGGGUUUAUUUUUUUAAGCGUAAUAAUAUAUGGGAGAGAAUGGUGUUUAUAGAAAGCAGUUUUACACUAAGCUUGUCAGUUCAUGUCAUUUCAUGUUCUUGUACUUAUACACAUGCAGCUUUUUCCUCUGUUAAGAAAUGAAGACACAUGAGGACGAGUAUUUUUUUCUACUUUUAUUUUCAUGCCCCCCCCCCCCC